AUGACUGGAUCUUCUUGGACUGGUGAACGCUAUUAUGUGGGUUUUUUAAGUUCAAUGCGAGGUGAUGAAGCGAAGCAAGUUUGCCCACAAAUCCAACUUGUCCAAGUUCCAAUUGCUCGUGGUAAAGCUGACUUGAGCAUAUACCGAAAUGCGGGUUCAGAGGUGGUUUCUAUUCUUGCAAGGAAGGGUAGAUGUGAGCGUGCUUCGAUUGAUGAAUUGUAUCUUGAUCUCACUGAUGCUGCUGAAGCAAUGUUAGCAGAAACUCCUCCAGAGAGCUUGGAAGGAAUUGAAGUUGGGUUGGUGACAAGUGGAGCUAAGUUUGGUAUGACAUAG